CUGUAGAUACUAGAUAGAGGAAGGGCGGUUGACGCGGUUUAUCUUACAGGCGACCACGUGACAGUUGCUAAAGACCUCCGACAUGGCCCGCAAUCUUGCCCGAAAACGGAUUCGUAUGUGGAGAAAAAAAUGGGAACAAACAAACAACCAGCGGCUAGUUCACCCACAGGCCCAGAGUACUGGCAGAGUGAAAGAUGCGAAAGAAGUCCUGGCUUCACGCCAAGGCCACCGGCUAGCAAGCUCAAUCAUCAUCAGCGUCGGACUUGGAAUCCUUCUGCUAGGCCCCACCGCCAUCGCCGCCCAUGAGUCGGACUACGCGACGCCCGGCAGAGCCACACGCGAUCAAUCCCUCAAUUGUCGCUGAAAAGAUGAUCGAAGACGCAGGCAAACUGGUUGAACCAAGGAAGGGGAAAGUAUCAGGCGCGUCUAUUCAACCUGGACCUUUUGGGAGAUCAUGCGACCCCCGAGUGAAGCUAAACAACCGAGCAUGGGGUUACAAGCUCGACUGC